AUUAUAUAUGAGCUGUGUGGUAAUGCCUAAAAGUAUAUUAACUAUGCAUAAACCAAAUGUUGUUAUAGAAAAAAAAAUAUUUCUAGUACAAACACCUAAAACCUUCGUUAAACUAUAAAAUACCAAUAAUACGUCUGCUGUAAAACCAAUUUAUGAUAGACCGAUUUACUAUAAUUUCUUAAAUAUGACGAAGUUACUAAUGGUUUUUAUUGCUGUUUUUGUGGCUGUCUUGGCUGACACCGCAGAAGACCAACAAAAGGCAUACGAAAUUUACCAAAUGACGGUAAAAAAAUCCAAGGAGGAUCUAGCAGAGUGUGUGCAGGAAUUGGGUCGCUUUCCGAGUUACGUUAAUGAAAAAGGAAAAUAUUUUAAAAAUGUAAAUAAGAAAGAAAGGGAGCACAUAGGAGAAUUGUACCUCUGUGCAUAUAAAAAAUUAGGAAUUAUGACAGAAAACGGUGAUAUACUUGAUGACAAAUUUUACGCUUUUCUCAUAGAUGUAAACGGAGAUUCCAAUGAUUAUCGGGAUAGUAGAAAAGCAUACAUAGAACAAUUUAUAACAAGAUGUAGACCUCCUAAGCGCCAGGGCCUAACCCCCGCUCAUAAAGUUUUCAUUUAUGAAUCUUGCCUACGCAAUGGCACAUUCGUACCUUCACUUUGAUAAACUCUAAUAAUGUAACUAAAGGAACUACUUGAUUGAAGUAAAAUAUAAUAAAAAUUUACUAUCUAA